UAUAACAGCCUAGUAUCACCUUCUCGGUUCAAAGAGAGAGCCUUUCAUAAGCUCUGUAAUCCCCUUUCUCUGGGCUGAGGUAUCUAUCUACCAUAUGCACUAUCUUCCGGUAUGUUCAGGUCUUGGUUUCCCGUUUUUGCUACCAGAUCUUCCAUUGCGCCUCAAGAUACUCUGGCUGCGUUUGAAGUGUCUUCUAAAUCAAUUCGCGAGUUUCCAUCGUUAAAAUCUAUUACAACUUACCAGCCCAGUCUGUUCAGUUUGGCUGAUAUUACGGGCCAUCAUCUUUGGAGCCCCUCAGUGCUCAACGCUCACGUCAUAACUGAAAUCCCCGAGGCUCUCGUUUUCUUCCCUUUUCUAUUUUCUUUUUUCGAAAAAUCCGAAAAAGAAAAAAUAAUCAAAAAGGAAAAUGAAAAAAGGAAUUUCUCUUUCCCCAUUUUUUUUAUUAUUUUCUCAAUUUUAUUUUAUUUUAUUUUUCUGGUCCUUAUUUUAUUUUUUACGCCUUCGCUUUUCCUCUUUGUCCCUUUUUUCCCUUCUAUAUUUUCCCUUACCUUCCCACCCCCUCCUUACCAUCCUUCCCUGACCCUUGCUAAAUUUGACCACCGCGACCUCUUAAUCGUCUUCCUUCCCUCCACCGCCUCCCUCUUGCCCCCUGGUCUUUUUUCCUUCCCUCCCUCACCUAUCCGCGCUCAUCUCAUUCCUCGGCUUCUUCCAUCUGCGGAUUAGAACCUCUUUUUGGUUUUCUUUCCCUCUUUUAUUUCGCCUCCUCAACUCAACUCACUCACUCCCUUUUCCUGCUUUUUACUCUUCCCCCUCGACUUGGCUCUUCUGCCUCCCUCAUUCUGGCUUAAGCGUGACCACGAGGCUAUGCUAGCUUCGAAAAUCACCCGACGGGAGCUGGAAUUGUACUUGAAUUGGUCGACUUUCUGACCGGCUUUGACUCCGCAUCGACACUACCUGGUCGCCUUACACCGACACCUUUCGCCUCCGUACAUACUUUACGUACUUACAUACUGCUUACAUAC